UGUAUAAGAGGAACGUGCUGGGGUUUAAAAACAAGUAUGGAAGUGUCCGAGGUCCUUGGAGAUUUAGGGCAGUUGAUGGAGAAGUGGCUCGUCGGUGCCCCAGGCUGCUAAACUCUUGCUGCCUUCGUUGCCGCGGCGUAGCCGCAGGGCCAUGCUGGCUUCGCGGGUGGCGCGUGGCUCGUGGGGUGCCCUGCGCGGAGCCGCUUGGGCGCCGGGGGUGCGGCCAGGCAAGGGGCGCGCCCUCGGGGCCCUGCUGCCGCCCGCACCUAUCUGCCUGGGCUGCCUGGCGGAACGCCGGUGGUUGCGCCCGGCCGCGUUCGGCCAGUGGCUGCCUGGGGCAGUCCCGCGGAGCCACUGUUCAGGCGCGGGGAAGGCGGCGCCCGGGCCCGCGGCCCAAGAGGGUGCCGCCGCCGAGGCCCGGGGCGGCCGGUGGGGCCCAGGGAGCGCCGCCAGCCUGUAUGAAAACCCGUGGACAAUCCCAAAUAUGUUGUCAAUGACAAGAAUUGGCUUGGCCCCAGUUUUGGGCUAUUUGAUUAUUGAAGAAGAUUUUAGUAUAGCGCUAGGAGUUUUUGCUUUAGCUGGACUAACUGAUUUGUUGGAUGGAUUUAUUGCUCGAAACUGGGCCAAUCAAAAAUCAGCUUUGGGAAGUGCUCUUGAUCCACUUGCUGAUAAAAUACUUAUCAGUAUCUUAUAUGUUAGCUUGACCUAUGCAGAUCUUAUUCCAGUUCCACUUACUUAUAUGAUAAUUUCAAGAGAUGUAAUGUUGAUUGCUGCUGUUUUUUAUGUCAGAUAUCGAACUCUUCCAACACCGCGAACACUCUCCAAGUAUUUCAAUCCUUGCUAUGCCACUGCUAGGUUAAAACCAACCUUCAUUAGCAAGGUAAACACAGCAGUCCAGUUAAUCUUGGUGGCAGCUUCUUUGGCAGCUCCGGUUUUCAAUUAUGCUGACAGCAUUUAUCUUCAGAUACUGUGGUGUUGCACGGCUUUCACCACCGCUGCAUCAGCUUACAGCUACUAUCAUUACGGUCGGAAAACGGUUCAGGUGAUAAAAGACAGUUGAAGGUCAUGCAUCAUUGUUAGCAAGGAAGCAAUAUACAUCAUCGGCGGCAGGGCCAGGAGAAAUCUACAGGAGUUUCCCUCUUUUGGUGUUCAUCUUGAAAAAGGACUUGUCACAACAAACCAUGUCAUCAAUAUUUAAGUAAUGGCAUUGAAAAUAAGCUUGAUCAUGGGCAUAUGCAGAAUUUUCAAUGUAUUUUUAAAUACAAAUAAAACUAUCAUUUAGAAUUUUUUAAGUUUCUUGAUUAGCUUAUAAGGAACCAAUUAAUUCCAAUUAUUGUCAGUCAUUUUUUAAAUGUUUUUUUAAAAAAUAGUCCAAAGCAUGGAAAUGUCUCUUUAAUAAAUUUUAGGUUGCUCACAAAGCACUAGGGAAUUUCCUGCAUUUAAAUAUAUAGGCUAUACAACGUGGCUACACAAUUUUAUGUUUAAUUUGAUUGGUGUACAUAUUAAUAGUUCCUGUGGUUAAUAUUUGAUCAUUUAGGAUAAUGACAGUAAAGGUAGCUUAGUUGUGGAUGGAGUAACCUUAUAAAGGGGUUAUGAAGAUCAAAAUAUACCGAGAUCAAAAUAUGAAGAUCAAAAUAUACACUGAACAUGAUGUUCAGUAGUCUUCCAACCUCUCAGGUGCCUAAUAGUUUAUGUAUCAGGAUAACAAGUAACAGAGGUAGGUGGAACAUGAAGACAUCCAUGAGCCUACACCAUCCAAGAGGCAGUGGAUUAUAUCAUGCCUUCCCACUGUAUUUCUAUCAUGGUAAUGUUUGUAUGAUACCAGAACCUGUACUUAUAUGUUUGUAAAUAAUACAAAACUAUUUUUUCAAGUUUUUUAAACUUUGGGGAAAUUUUUUUUGUUGAGAUGUUAAAAGAAUAAAAAAGCUGGGAAAAAAUGUACCUUCAUCUUGGGUUGUUUGUAUAGCAUAUUGUAGUCAUUUGUUGUGUAGGUUUUCUGAUUCCUGAAGUUUGUUCAGAUGUGUCACUUGCACUUACAUUGUAAAAAUAAUUGGUUUGGGACCUUCUGACGUAAAAGUCCUUACUCUCACUACCAGCACGUUCAGGAGAAUGGGAGAUACAGGGAGAAGGAAGAGGAAGACAAGGGCUGGUGCUGGUGUUCCCUCUUAUCAGUGGAGGUCAGUUGCUACCAGUUGUGCUGGGUUCUAACCCAAGAAUAAUGUGAAAUUAUUUAAUGUGAUUAUCUAAACAACCUGUUUACCUGUGUUCAAUUAAAAUGGGAAGUUAUAAGAAAAA